UCCACCAUUGAUUUCCGCAAACAUUGCUGGUUGAGAAGAGAGCAAGUAGUUGAGUUCGAUAUUGCGGUCUUUUGUUUUAUUAUAUAUAUAUAUAUAUAUAUAUAUACAACUUUCAUUUUUGGGAACGCUGUAAAAGUGCAAAGAUGGCACAGUACAAGGGAGCGGCUAGUGAGGGUGGUCGAGCCAUGCAGCUAAUGAAAAAAAGAGAAAAACAACGGGAACACAUGGAACAACUAAAGCAGAAAAUAGCCGAGGAAAACAUGGUAAAAUCCAACAUUGACAAGAAAUUUUCUGCUCAUUAUGAUGCUGUAGAAGCAGAACUGAAGUCUAGCACUGUAGGUCUCGUAACUUUAAAUGAUAUGAAAGCAAAACAGGAAGCAUUAGUAAAGGAGAGGGAGAAACAACUUGCAAAGAAAGAGCAGUCCAAGGAAUUACAAUUAAAGCUAGAGAAACAGAAGGAGAAGAAGCGUAAAGAAGAGCAAAAGAGAAAAAUUGCCAGCUUGUCUUUUAACCCAGACGGUGAAGAGGAGGAAGAAGAGGAGGAGGAUGAUAGAGAUGAUGAUGUCCCUAUUAAGAAGAAGAAACUUGGAAAGAAUCCAGAUGUGGAUACUAGCUUCCUACCUGACAGAGACAGGGAGGAGGAGGAGAAUCGCCUGCGAGAAGAGCUAAGGCAAGAAUGGGAAAGGAAGCAAGAGCACAUUAAAAAUGAAGAGAUAGAGAUUACAUUCAGUUAUUGGGAUGGAUCUGGCCAUCGUCGGACAGUGAAGAUGAAAAAAGGAAACACCAUACAGCAAUUUCUCCAGAAAGCUUUGGAGAUCCUAAGAAAAGACUUUAGUGAGUUGAGAUCAGCUGGUGUUGAGCAACUAAUGUACAUUAAAGAAGAUCUUAUAAUUCCACACCACCACAGCUUCUAUGAUUUCAUUGUUACCAAGGCUAGAGGCAAGAGUGGACCCCUCUUUAACUUUGACGUUCAUGAGGAUGUCCGACUGCUCAGUGAUGCAACAGUAGAGAAAGAUGAGUCUCAUGCUGGUAAAGUAGUUCUGAGAAACUGGUAUGAGAAGAAUAAGCAUAUCUUCCCUGCUAGCCGCUGGGAACCAUAUGAUCCAGAGAAGAAGUGGGAUAAAUACACUAUCCGGUAGAAGAACUGCUCAAGAUUGAACUUGGACUUUUUUUUUUUUUAAACUAUGGCAGAGAUAUGAUUUUUUUGUAUUGUGUAACAUUCUUAACUUUUGGAUGAGUAGAUCAGGAUUGUUUCAAGUUUUAAUUUUUACAAUUUGACUUGAUUUGAAGGGAUAUUAAUAACAUUACUGGUUCAUCUGGGAAAAUGCUCAUCUGAUGGAAACGAAUGCCCUAAGCAAAGCACUUGUUGUCAAGUGCUAAUGAAUCCUUUUUUUGGCUGCCUCGUGCACACCUGCAGCAGUGCUGUGAGACUGCAAUUCCCCUGUCAGUAAAGGGUAUGUGUUGUCUGUACCUGCAGCACUGCCCAGUCACUUCUCAUCAUUUUCAUCUGCAUUUCCUGCAGUUCUGACAAGCAUGGCUUCUCACACACCACAGCAUAGUAGGCAGGCAGUUGUCAUCGUGCUUGUCUUCCUGUCAGCAGCUGUGUUGGAAGCCAGACCUUUGCUCCUCCUUAUAAUUGGAAGCAGCCUGAUAUUUGCCUGAAUACCUGUAGACGGACCUCAUUGCAGAAAAUAAAGUCAUACAUUUCUGAGAAAGUGGACUUUAUGUAAAUAUGAAUAGCAAAUGAUAUUUUCUUGCAACCUGACUUGAAGAAGCCAGCAUUGAAUUUCAUGUAACUGCCCUGCUGUAAUUUUUGCCAGCCACACACUUUAAAUUAAUGAAUGCAAAAGAUCAGCAAAACAAGUCUGGAUGAAGAGUUGGCCGUCAUACUGAUAUGGACAUUUCCUUAAGCCACCAACCUUAAUAAAUUCUACAAGUUUGAAAAUAUCAGCUGUCCUAUGCACUCUACAUUUACAUUCUGUGAGAAUCUGCACAUAGUCUAAACCAAUUUUGUUUUAUUAAAUAAUACUUUUAAUGAGAAAAUGUGUUUACCUUGUUAAAAAUCUAAAUAGGAAUUGUGAUCAAGGAAAUUUUUGAAUUUUACACCCAGUUUGUUUAUGUAAAUACAGUGUAAUUAUGUUUGGAGUGUACUUUAACUCAUUCUUCAAACUGUUCAACAUUUACUGUUUCAAACAUCAUCAUUUCAGAAAACCUCUUUUAUUCAGUAGGUCUGACUAAAUCUGUGUUUAAUAGAACUAUAUCUAAAAAAUCUAUAUAUCAGAUAAGAAAUUCACAAAUAAAAUCUUUGAAUAACAGAACAGAUAAGUGAUAA